AGCAAGCGUAGUUGACAAGAGGCACAAUUGAUGGUACCGCCGUUGCCGGAUGUGUAUCGCUUAAAAGACUGUCUGCGCCAGUCUACAUAAAUUCUUUUCGAUUUCAUUAUCAUUAUUACUGACAUAAGAAUUUAAUUAUAUCCACGUUUUUACAUGGAUCGCAAUUCAAUCAAAUUCGCAGUUCCCCGGUCACGAAGGUAAUAUCGGCGCGUAUACAAAGCAUGAUACAGGCGACGGCGGUAUCACGAAAAAUAAAUCUGAUAAAAAUGACGUGGUGAGAAGAUACGCUUAUCACUUGACGGGAGCGUCGAAGGAAUUACAAGAAGUAGGAUGGAGGAGAGCACAAACUCAGAAAAUGUCUGGCACAAGGGCAAAUCUGAAGAGCAAAGCGAGCUGUUUCAAGGAGAGUCCACAGCCGCAUCUGUAGAAGCUAACUCUACGUCGUUGGCUGAUAUAUUUGAUACGGCAUUCACAUCGACAGUUGAUCCAUCUCCGCAACCUCGGUUUCCUUCAGGUAAUGAAAUGGAGUAUGAGCAUUUAUUUGCGGAAAGCGAUAUUGAAGAAUCAGACGUAACAGCUAUAGGUCCUUAUACAAAUUCAACUCAUCCUACUGCUUCCGAAAAUAAUUUUGUUUAUGGAAAUUAUUUAACACAACAAGAUGCAACUGGUGAUUCACAGGAAUAUUGGCAAUCUGAUCUCUUGAAUUGCAACAUGUGCCAAAAUAGACAAGAAAGAAAUUCUAAAAAAGAUCCUCCGACUCGACAAUUGAAUAAUUCGUGCGAGGAGAGAGUGUGUGAUAAUUAUAGAAGAAAAAGAAUUUUGCACGAUCGUGAUUUGACGGUCAAGCAUAAAACUAAAAAGAGCGACGAGCAAAAAUUAUUGAGUGGUCAACAGCCGGAUAGUUUGAAUAUAGCAGGACCAUCUAGAUUGUCGGAUCAUCCUAUUUCAAACAAUAUAACAAGAUCAACAGAAAAUACAGAUGUUUUACAAAAUUUAGGAAGUAAUAAUGCCAAUGAGUCUAAUAGUUUGUAUCAUUCAGUUAUAUCAAAUGUGAUAACUCCUCAAGAAAUACGUUCAUCUCAAAGUGACGAUGCACCAUCGGCACCAGAUUUACAGCUAGAUUGGUCCUCCAGUAGUGAUAGUGAUGAUGAAGAUGGCUCAGUUGAAGUACUUGGAACUGUCAACCAUAAUACCAAGAACCCAUUAGAAAAUACAAGUGAAGAUAAUCGCACAGUCACCGUAGUUGACUUAACUGUAGAAUCUGAUGAAGAACAUACAUCAUCUACGCCAACAAAUCCUGUAGUUAAUCCAUGGUCAACAGAUUUUAGUCAUAGAAAUAAUACCCACUGUAUGCAUGGAUCACCAGACUAUUGGAAUCAUUUGUAUAACAUGCAUAAUAGAGGCACGUAUCACAAUCACAGAUUGCCUGUUCAUACAAAUUAUUCAUCUAUAGGAGAUGCAGCUACAGAAGUAGUACAAGUAAGACCACGAAUGCAUCCUAUGCAAGAAAGAUUAUGGAUGAAUCAACAACGUAUGCAAGAAGUACAUAGACGAAGACUUUACCACAGAUCUUCGUCACAUCACACUGCGGGACCAUGUAAUGCUCAUGUGCAUUCAUCGACUCAACAUACUUGUGGAGAGGGAGGAAACAGUAGUCCCCCGAAUACUCGGUGCAGUAAUGGAACGGAUACCGCAGCGUAUACAGAAAAUUAUCUCCCACCUCCUAUUUUACCACCACCGCAGCAACCGACUGUUUACAGUCAUCCUGAAGCUCGAGGGCCAUCUAGUUUCUAUAGGGGACCAUGUCCUGUGCUGCCUAUAAUCGUAAAUCCAUUGAAUAAUCAGCCAGUUGACUCAAUGUCUUCGCUAAUGUUACCGUCGAUGCAUCAACCAAUACAUCAACAUGUACAUCAUCAUAUGUAUCAUUAUGAUCCACAUCAACGGCCGUCGCAACGCAUGCAUCACGUUCACAUUAGUUUCCAUCCCCAUAUGCAAGGAUCUGGAGCACACCAGAUAGGUUUGCCGUUUGCACCGGGUAUGUCAGAAUUUGUAUUGCAAGGAGCACGUCAUAUGUCACGACUGGACAAUUAUAUGCGCAUUGUUGAUUUGCGACGUAUGGCUCAUAUAAGUUGUGGGGCUACACAAGAAUCCAUUGAAAGCCAUACAUUCCCUCACAAAUAUAAACGGGUAAAAAAAGUAGAAAAUGGCGAAGAUGCUAUUGAGAAAUGUACAAUAUGUUUAUCUGAAUUUGAAGAUUGCGAACGUGUCAGGAGGCUUCCAUGUAUGCAUUUAUUUCAUAUUGACUGUGUUGAUCGAUGGUUAUGCACCAAUAAACGUUGUCCUAUAUGUCGAGUGGAUAUCGAAACAUUUCUCCAUAAAGAAUUUACUACUUCGGAACAAUAGUUUAAGGUUUCCCAUAUCUGCCUCUUUUUGAAAUGUAAUCAGGUAACAUAUGUAUAUGAUAUCAAAUAUUUCAAGAUGGUCCAUCCAGGAAAAAUAUACUGGGUUACCACUACUAUUACGGAAUAAUAGUGUAAAAAUGAUAUGGAUAAUCAAAAUAACAAAGCAUCAGCUGAGUUCCUCAAGAAGACGAGAAGAAUUAUCAUUGUUCAAUUUUAAUACUUCUAACUGUGGUUUAUUUUAUGCGUUUUGAUAACGAUAAAUACUAAA